AUGGCUCAACUCGACACUCUCGACCUGGUGGUCCUGGUGGUGCUUUUGGUGGGUAGCGCCGCCUACUUCACCAAGGGCACCUACUGGGCCGUUCCCAAGGACCCGUAUGCCGCCUCCGGUCCCGCCAUGAAUGGUGGCGCCAAGGCGGGCAAAUCCAGGGACAUCAUUGAGAAAAUGGAAGAGACUGGCAAGAACUGUGUGAUUUUCUACGGCUCGCAGACCGGUACCGCCGAGGAUUAUGCGUCGCGCCUGGCCAAGGAAGGCUCCCAGCGUUUCGGCCUCAAGACCAUGGUCGCAGAUCUGGAAGACUACGAUUAUGAGAACCUGGACAAGUUCCCCGAGGACAAGGUUGCCUUCUUCGUCAUGGCCACCUAUGGUGAGGGUGAACCCACCGACAACGCCGUCGAGUUCUACCAGUUCAUCUCGGGUGAGGACGUCGCGUUCGAGAGCGGCGCCUCUGCCGACGACAAGCCCCUGUCCUCCCUCAAGUAUGUCACUUUCGGUCUCGGUAACAACACCUAUGAGCACUAUCAGGCUAUGGUUCGCAAUCUGGAUGCCGCUCUCACCAAGCUGGGUGCGCAGCGCAUUGGAGAUGCUGGUGAAGGUGAUGACGGCGCUGGCACCAUGGAAGAAGAUUUCCUGGCCUGGAAAGAGCCCAUGUGGACUGCCCUGUCCGAGGCCAUGAACCUUCAGGAGCGCGAAGCCGUCUAUGAGCCGGUGUUCUCGGUCACGGAAGAUGAAUCCCUGUCCCCCGAAGACGAAGCCGUCUACCUCGGUGAGCCGACCAAGGGUCACCGUGACGGCACCCCCAGUGGCCCGUAUUCCGCUCACAACCCCUUCAUCGCCCCCAUCGUCGAGUCUCGUGAACUGUUCAACGUCAAGGACCGUAAUUGUCUGCACAUGGAGAUCAGCAUCGCUGGUAGCAACCUUUCUUACCAGACUGGUGAUCACAUCGCGAUUUGGCCCACGAACGCUGGUGCCGAGGUGGACCGGUUCCUCCAGGUGUUUGGUCUUGAGAACAAGCGUCAUUCCGUCAUCAACAUCAAGGGUAUCGAUGUGACCGCCAAGGUUCCCAUUCCGACUCCCACCACGUAUGAUGCUGCUGUUCGCUACUAUAUGGAAAUUGCUGCGCCCGUCUCCCGUCAGUUUGUGGCUACCCUGGCUGCGUUUGCUCCCGAUGAGGAGACUAAGGCGGAAAUCGUGCGUUUGGGUAGCGACAAGGACUACUUCCACGAGAAAAUCAGCAACCAGUGCUUCACCAUCGCUCAGGCUCUUCAGAGUGUCACCUCCAAGCCCUUCUCGGCUGUCCCGUUCUCUCUGCUUAUCGAGGGUCUCAAUAAGCUCCAGCCCCGUUACUACUCCAUCUCUUCCUCCUCCAUGGUCCAGAAGGAUAAGAUCAGCAUUACUGCCGUCGUGGAAUCCACUCGCUUGCCUGGUGCCGCCCACCUUGUCAAGGGUGUCACGACCAACUAUCUCCUUGCCCUGAAGCAAAAGCAGAAUGGGGAUCCGUCUCCCGACCCUCACGGCUUAACUUAUACUAUCACUGGGCCCCGUAACAAGUACGACGGAAUCCACGUUCCCGUUCACGUCCGCCACUCCAAUUUCAAGCUCCCCUCUGAUCCCUCUCGGCCCAUUAUCAUGGUUGGCCCUGGUACCGGUGUGGCUCCCUUCCGUGGAUUCAUCCAGGAGCGUGCCGCCUUGGCCGCCAAGGGUGAGAACGUCGGUCCCACCGUGUUGUUCUUUGGAUGCCGCAGGCGCGAUGAGGACUUUAUGUACGCAGAUGAAUUCAAGACCUACCAGGAACAGCUUGGGGACAAGCUUCAGAUCAUUACUGCGUUUUCUCGUGAAACUUCCCAGAAGGUGUAUGUUCAGCACAGACUGCGUGAACACUCCGAUCUGGUGAGCAGCCUCCUGAAGCAGAAGGCUAACUUUUACGUCUGCGGUGACGCCGCCAACAUGGCGCGUGAAGUCAACCUUGUGCUUGGCCAGAUCAUCGCGCAACAGCGGGGUCUCCCGGCUGAACGGGCCGAGGAAAUGGUGAAGCACAUGCGCAGCAGCGGCAGCUACCAGGAGGACGUGUGGUCAUGA